AUGGGCUGCGCACCCAGCAUUCACGUCUCGCAUAGCGGUGUGAUAUACUGCCGGGACUCGGAGGAGUCCAACUCCCCCCACCAGACCACCACGAUCUCGCAGGGCACCACCACCCUGCACGGCCUCUUCGUUAAGACAGACGCGGCCGACUCCAUCCCCUCCGUCCUCGCCUACCAGAGCCGGCAGCCGCCGCCCUCCGCCGGCCCCCGCCGCAACGAGCGCAGGGAGUCCGGCGGCGCCUCCGCCCGGUCCAGGACGCCCCACUGCUGCAGCGUCGAGGCGGAGACCCAGACCAGCAGCUCCAGCGCCAAGGCUUCAACUGCAGAAGUACAAGUCGGGCCCAUGAGACUGACACAAUACCCAAUUCAGGUUUUGCUAAUCUUUGCAAAAGAAGACAACCAAAGCAAUGGUUUCUGGUGGGCUUGUGACAGAGCAGGAUACAGGUGCAAUGUUGCCUGGACUCUAGAAUCAGCGCUUGAAUGUUUCCUGGAUAAGCACCAGGAGAUAAUUGUUAUAGAUCACAGGAACUCCAAGUAUUUUGAUGCAGAAGAUAUCUGCAGGUCUAUUCGUGCCACAGAGCUAUCAGGGCAUACUGUAAUACUUGCUGUGGUUCCACGCACAUCUGCUGACCAAGAAGAGACUUCUGUUCUCCCCCUUCUUGAUGCAGGCUUUGAUAGGCAAUUCAUGGAGAACAGCAGCGUAACUGCUUGUUACAAUGAACUGGUUCAAAUAGAACAUGGGGAAGUGCGAUCUCAGUUCAAAUUACGGGCUUGUAAUGCAGUCUUUACAGCAUUAGACCAUUGUCAGGAGGCUGUAGAAAUAACCAGUGAAGAUCAUGUCAUUCAGUAUGUUAAUCCAGCCUUUGAACGGAUGAUGGGGUACUGCAAGGGAGAACUUAUUGGCAAGGAGCUUACUGAACUACCUAAAAGUGAUAAAAACUCUGCAGAUCUUUUGGACAACAUAAACACAUUUAUUAAAAAAGGAAAGGAAUGGCAAGGAGUUUACUAUGCAAGAAGGAAAUCAGGGGACAGUAUCCAGCAGCAUGUGAAGAUAACACCUGUGGUCGGUCAAGGAGGGAAAAUAAGACACUUUGUGUCCCUCAAAAGACUGCAUUGUACCAAUGAAAACAACAAGCAGCUCUACAAGAGUCACCGUGAGGAUAAGCACACAGGAGACAAUUCUCAGUCAGAAUCUGGUUCUUACAAGUGCAAGAACAGAAGGAAAGACUCAGUUGAUGUUAAGUCAAUAACAUCUCAAAGUAGUGAUGCUCCAAGUUUACAGACCCGACGCUACUCCUCAAUGGCACGGAUUCAUUCUAUGACAAUAGAAGCUCCUAUCACAAAGGUCAUUAACAUAAUUAACGCUGCCCAGGAAAACAGCCCGAUCACAGUAGCAGAGGCAUUGGACAGAGUUCUGGAAAUCCUGCGAACAACAGAACUUUAUUCCCCUCAGUUAGGUACCAAAGAUGAAGAUCCUCACACAAGUGAUCUUGUUGGAGGUCUGAUGAACGAUGGUUUGAGAAGACUGUCAGGAAAUGAGUAUGUGUUUUCUAAGAAUAUGAACCUGAGCCAUACUCACCUUCCAGUGCCAAACACCAUCAAUGAUGUUCCACCCUGUAUUGCACAGCUCCUAGAUAACGAGGAAAGUUGGGACUUCAAUAUUUUUGAGUUGGAGGCUGUUACAAAUAAAAGGCCAUUAGUGUAUUUGGGCUUGAAAGUUUUUGCCCGGUUUGGGGUCUCUGAGUUUUUAAACUGUUCGGAAGCAACACUGCGGGCAUGGCUGCAGGUCAUUGAAGCCAACUACCAUUCCUCCAACUCAUACCACAACUCCACACAUGCGGCAGAUGUCCUGCAUGCUACUGCCUUCUUUCUCGGGAAGGAGAGAGUUAAGGGAAGUCUGGACCAUCUAGAUGAGGUAGCUGCAUUAAUAGCUGCCACCAUUCAUGAUGUAGACCAUCCUGGACGGACCAACUCUUUCCUGUGCAAUGCAGGCAGCGAAUUAGCUGUCCUUUACAAUGACACAGCUGUAUUAGAGAGUCAUCACACAGCACUGGCGUUUCAGCUUACAACAAAAGACAGCAAAUACAACAUUUUCAAGAAUAUUGAUAGAAAUCGCUACCGGACAUUGCGACAGGCCAUUAUUGAUAUGGUUUUGGCAACAGAGAUGACAAAGCACUUUGAGCAUGUGAACAAAUUUGUGAACAGUAUCAACAAGCCUAUGGCAUCUGAGGAGACCAGCCCACAUAAUGAUGGCAGCAACACUGAAUGCACAACCAACAUAAAGAAUUUUCCAGACAACCAGACACUGAUCAAGCGCAUGAUGAUUAAAUGUGCAGAUGUAGCAAAUCCAUGUCGCCCCCUAGAGCUAUGUAUUGAAUGGGCAGGUAGGAUUUCAGAGGAGUACUUUGCACAGACUGAUGAAGAGAAGAGACAGGGCCUGCCUGUUGUAAUGCCAGUAUUUGACAGAAACACCUGCAGCAUCCCCAAGUCCCAGAUUUCCUUCAUUGAUUAUUUUAUAACAGAUAUGUUCGAUGCAUGGGAUGCAUUUGCACAUCUGCCAGUUUUGAUGCAACACUUGGCUAAUAACUACAAACACUGGAAAACACUGGAUGAUUUGAAGUGCAAGAGUCUCCGGCUCCCAUCAGAAAACAACAACUGAUACUCAGUCAAGAAAACCAGACCUCUUGCUCUACCAGUUUCACUGUGAAUCACUUACAGAAACUCUUGGCUACAAAGGGGAUUAAUGUUGCUUUUCCAGUGAAAUUAAGACUGCAUGACAAGAAGGAAAUAUUUUACUCAUUUUUAAGCUUCUAUUAAUUCUACAGAAAAAUGUUUUUAGAGGCUAUAUAAACCACAGAUGACUAAGUGCUCUUCAGAAAUAAUAUUUUGUGGCAGAAAAUGUACUUCUAAAACUAGUUUCUAAUACUGAAUAUGUACUUGUUGAAUCUUGUAGUUGAUACAACUGUACUCACUAACACUUUACACAACUGUUUUUCAGAGAGAGGGGUAAUCUAGUCACCAAGAGAGUAAGAAUAGCCUAAGAAAUAAGGACAGAAACUUCCCACUUAUUUAGCAUAAAUUUGUUCCAAUUCUGUCAAUGUUCUUCAGCUCUAGGAACCAUACUUGUGAAGAGAACAUGCACAGCAAAACAAGUAAAUUUUAAUAAAUUGGAUACAUAAAAAACCCAAACAUGACACCUUUUAAAACACCUUCUUAUUACAGAGACUCUCUCACAGCACCACCUGUUCUUUCUUUUCUAUAUAAAAUCUUGGUAGGAGUCAAUGUUCUCUAAAAUUGAUCAUAUAAUACAGGAAAGUAAGCAUGCUCUGUCUAGGUAGUGCCAUCCACAUGGCUCUCUGCCAUCUUGCAGAUGUUAUCACAAAAGUUUUCAUCAAAUUUUACACAAAAAACUAUUGUGGCACUUGAUCACCAUACUUUUUUAUAAAAA